GAGAGUGGACAAACUGGCAGAAGAGCAGUCAGUGAAUUGCCUGAUUUCUGCUGAAUCACUUGUAGUGGACCAGUUUCCGGUCGUUCGCUUAAAAAUCGGUUCAGAAUGGUGUUGGAGAGUACUGUAAUAUGUGUCGACAACUCAGAGUUCAUGCGCAACGGUGACUUCCCCCCGACAAGGCUCCAGUCGCAGCAAGACGCGGUCCAUCUCUUAUGCCACGCGAAGUCUCGAUCUAACCCCGAGAACAAUCUUGGACUGCUCACUCUGGCCACCAAUGAAGUGCUCACCACUCUCACAUCUGACAGAGAUCGCCUCAUGAGGAAAUUGCGGGCUAUCGAGCCGCAGGGCAACCUCCAACUGAUCUCUGGGCUCCGAAUCGCGCACUUGGUCCUCAAGCAUCGUCAAGGGAAGAAUCACAAGAUGCGAAUCGUGUGUUUCAUUGGGUCUCCGAUCAGUUGCGAUGUCAAGGACUUGGUGAAACUUGCGAAGCGCCUGAAGAAGGAAAAUGUGAACGUAGACGUCGUCAAUUUCGGAGAGUGCGAAAUAAACACCGAAAAAUUGAAAACGUUCAUCGAGACCUUGAAUGGAGGCAAAGACAACGCUGGCUCCCAUCUGCUGACUGUGGCUGCAACCUUAUUCCUGAGUUCUGCGCUGAACCGAUCUCCUAUAAUUCAAGGAGAAGACGGUGGCGAGGCUGUACCGGCAGGCGGCUUCGAAUUCGGUGUAGAUCCGAACGAGGAUCCUGAGCUUGCGAUGGCGCUGCGUGUAUCAUUGGACGAGAUGCGUCAGCAAGCCGAAGCUGCUAAAACGGAGCCAUCUACGUCUGCGACGGGAGGAGCUCCCUCGGCCGAGGAGGAAAGCCUUGAGAAAGCUCUGAAAAUGUCUAUGCAGCAAUCUCAGCCGGCCAACUUGAGCGCCAUGACUGAAGACGAACAGAUGGCCUACGCCUUGCAGAUGAGUCUCCAAGAUCAAGAGCCAAUGGAGACCGAUGAUGCCACGAAGAAAGAAGAGAAGAAGGAAUGAGGCCGUCGUACGGAUCUAUAUAGACAUAUUUCCAACAGUAUAUGGCGAAAUAAAUGAAUCAUUUUAUGCCGAAUUCUUCCA